GUUUCUGCGUUCCCAGAAAGUCUGUACGUGCCAGGUGGAGUUGCUCCACCUGGGGAGGUUGAAGGAAAAGGCGCGUGCCGCGUUCCGGGAACGCGACGUCGCGGGGUGCGCUUACGAUGUCUACUUUGACGAGGUCGAAUUUGUUAGUGUGUAGCCAAUCCGCGGCGCUGAAAGAAUGGUAGGCUAGCUGGAAGCCGAGAUAGGAUACUCAAAGCGCUCCUCGCACCCUAUGGCCUUCCCCGCCGCCCCACCAUAAUCUCGUCCAGCUUCCAUGGAGGUCGCGAUGUUUUGAAGAGGGGAGCUAUGGGAGCUUGCCACAAUGUUGAAAAAGAGUCCUUCGAUUGCUCCCCCAGGUUUCGCGCUCAAUGCCUUCUCUUUCUUCGCAUCAUUCGUACACCACGGUGCCCUUUGCAGUCCCCGUUGAGACAUUGAACCAUCUCCCGCUCAAAACUGUCAAUGGCAAACAGUCAUCUGCUACAGCAGACGAUAUUGUAAUAGAAGAUGUAGAAAAGACAAAUCUGGUGCUGCGUACCUUUGGUUCUUUCAUUGUCGACUUAUGUGAGCAGUUCAAGGGAGGACAUCCAGGGAGCGCAAUGGGAAUGGCAGCUAUCGGCGUUGCGCUCUGGAAAUACAUCAUGAAAUACUCAACCGAAAACCCGUCCUUCAACCGCGACCGCUUCGUCCUAUCCAACGGCCACACCUCUAUCUUCCAGUACAUGUUCCUCCAUCUUACAGGCUACAAGGACAUGGCUGUGGAUCAAUUGAAGACCUACCACUCCACUCGGACGGACUCGCUAUGUCCUGGCCACCCUGAGAUCGAGCACGAGGGUAUCGAAGUCACUACUGGCCCACUGGGUCAAGGUAUUUCGAAUGCCGUUGGUCUUGCGAUGGCGACGAAGCAUCUCGGGGCGGUGUAUAACAAGCCGGGGUUCUCGCUGGUCGAUAACAUGACGUGGUGUAUGAUCAGUGAUGCUUAUCUUCAAGAAGGUGUUGCGCUCGAGUCUAUCCAGCUCGCUGGUCACUGGAAGCUGAACGAUUUGACCGUUAUCUAUGACAACAACCAGGUCACCUGCGAUGGGUCGGCCGACAUUGCGAAUAGUGCCGAAGACGUUAAUGCCAAGAUGCGUGCUUGCGGGUGGAAUGUGAUUGAUAUUUUGGAUGGGAACCAUGACGUUGAGGCUAUCGUCAACGCACUGGUUGCCGCCCGCUCGAGCAAGGAUAAGCCUACAUUCGUAAACGUGCGAACGAUCAUUGGGAUUGGUAGUCAGGUCGCAGGCGACGCAAAAGCACACGGCGCUGCUCUUGGCCCGGCCGUUGUUGCGCAUGUAAAGAAGCAAAACGGGAUGAACCCCGAGGAGCACUUCGUCAUCUCUGAUGAGGUGUAUGCCUUCUUCCGGGAAACGAAGAGUAGAGGUCGCCAGCUGGAGAAAGACUGGAUGAGCUCGUGUCAGCGAUCUCCCACCACACCUACAGCGACUCGAAAGUCUGCGGGGCUGGUCUACAACCCGCUUGCCGCAAAGUUGCCAAAUCUGAUGGUUGAAACCGCAGAUUUGUCUCCUUCCGUGAACAUGGCAUGGAAAGGCAACGUUGACUUCCAAAACCCCGACUUCCGCUCCGCCUACGGCCUCAACGGCGACUACACCGGCCGCUACAUCCACUGGGGCAUCUGCGAACACGCCAUGGCAUCCAUCAGCAACGGCCUCGCCGCCUUCGGCAAAGGCACCAUCCUCCCCAUCACCUCCAUCUUCUUCAUGUUCUACAUCUACGCGGCCCCCGGCCUCCGCAUGGGCGCCCUUCAACACCUCCAAACCAUCCACAUCGCAACCCACCACUCCAUCGGCACCGGCGAAGACGGGCCCACCCACCAACCCAUCGCCCUCGCCUCCCUCUACCGCGCCAUGCCCAACCUCCUCUACAUCCGCCCUUGCGACAGCGAAGAAACCGCCGGCGCCAUGUACCCCUCUCACUCUUCCCGCGACGGCGUCCAACGCGGCGCCUACGUCUUCGUCGAAGAGCCCAACGCGGACGUCACCCUCAUCGGCGUCGGCGCGGAGAUGGUCUUCGCUAUGCAAACGCGCGAGCUUCUCGCUUCGAAAUACAACAUUCGCGCGCGCGUCGUCAGCUUCCCGUGCCAGCGGCUUUUCGAAGCGCAGCCGGUGGAGUAUAAGCGGGAGGUGCUGCAGUACCGCUCGAACGCGCCGCGGGUGGUGAUUGAGGCGUAUGCGGUGAACGGGUGGGAGAGGUAUGCAGAUGCGGGGAUUAGCAUGAGCUCGUUUGGGAAGAGCUUGCCGGGCGCGGCGGCGUAUAAGCAUUUUAGGUUCGAUGAGGAGAGUAUUGCGCCGAAGGUGGUGGAGUUAGUCGAGGAGGUGAGGAGGGAGGGGGUGGGGUGUUUGAGGGGGGAGUUUAGGGAUUUGAAUGGGGGGAUGAAGUGA